CUGCUGAAACCUGAUUGGUGCCUUCAAAGGAAGCAAAUGUAGCCAAAAUAUAGAAUUGUUUUUGCAGUACUUUAGCAGCUCCAUUUAGAAGUGCAAAAAUUACACACUUCACUUUUAAAAGGCUCAAUUUUUUAGAUAGAAGUGUAUAUAUAUUGCAGAUAUUGCACAUUUUAUAUUAUAUUAAACAUUAAAUACAUUUUAUAUGCAAUACAAAUGACAGCAUUUGUAGAAUGCAGCUUCUGUUUUGUUGGCAUGUGUUUCAGGGAAUCAGGAAAUCAUAAAUGCAUCAAUGUCUCCUGCUCUGAACCUCUUGUAGUUUAUUGUGUUGAACAUGUUAACAUUACAUAUGAACGGUGGCAUGUCGGUGGACUGGCGUGACAACACUGAGAUGGACAUGGACAGUCCUGACAAACUCAUGGCUCAGUGCUGCAAUGAGCAGACCGAGGAAAUCCAAGACAACUCAGAGGAAGUGAUGAUGAUGAUGAUGGAGGAGGAGGUGAAGGCUUGUAAACAGGCUCAGGAAACCGAUCUGAACUCGUCCUCAUGUCUCACAUCAGCACAGAGCAGCAAUGAGGCCAUCAGUCGGGCCUUUCUUGAUGGGAUGGAUGUUGCAGAGGAAGCAGAGUCAACAUCAGAGGAGAAGAAUACAACAGAGCUGGAUGAUUUGCUUGACUCUCUGCAGCAUCUGCAGCUGCGUCUGACGGAUGCUGAGAGUCAGCUGGACGUCGGGCUGCUGCUUCGGUCAGAUUUCCAGCAGGCGUUCAUCAUGCACCGCAGUGUGGCUCAGAGCAUGAGACGCCUCUGUCUGCCGAUCCCGCUCACCGCACACGCACAGCAGCUCAGAGACGAGGUAGAGAGUGCCCUGCAGUCUAGUGAAUAUAAUGAAGCCACAGAACUCACAGGCCUGCUGACGUCACCACACCUGCAGGCCCUGAUGGAAGCUCAUGACUGUAUUGCUGAACAGGAAUUAGAUGUUGAAACUAUUGAAUCAGUGGACCAGGAUGAAAAGACCACCAAACUGGUUUCCCUGGAGAAAACUCGUGACAUGCCCCUGGGCGUGACUGUUCGGAACGAACAUGAUCGCGUCGUCAUCAGUCGGGUGGUGAGCGGUGGAACUGCUGAGAAAAGCAACCUGCUCAGUGAAGGAGAUGAAAUCUUGGAGAUCAAUGGCAUUGCAGUCCGUGGAAAAAGUGUUAAUGAUGUUCACAACGUACUGUCCUGCAUGCAUGGGUCUCUCACGUUUCUCCUCAUCCCAAACUUUCAAAACUACAAAGCUCCUCACAGACCAACUGUGAUGCAUGUGAAGGCAAACUUCAGCUAUGACCCAUCUGACGAUCUAUAUGUGCCAUGCAGAGAGCUCGGCCUGUCCUUCCAAAAGGGAGACAUCCUUCACGUCACCAGCCAGGAUGACCCCAACUGGUGGCAGGCGUACCGCGAUGGACAUGAGGACCAGAAGCCCCUCGCUGGUCUUAUACCUGGGAAGAGCUUCCAACAGCACAGAGAAGCCAUGAAAAAAAUCCUCACAGACAGAAAUCAAGAGUAUAAAGGGAAACUCUGGUGUGCCAAGAAAAGCCAAAAACAGCUAAAAAAACUCUUGUUCAACCCAAGUAAGAAUAUUGAGCUUUACACAGAGGAUAUCUUGACCUAUGAGGAGGUGGCACUUUACCAUCAGCCGCCCAACUGCAAGCGCCCCAUCGCACUGAUUGGGCCACCCAACAGCGGACAUGAUGAACUGAGACAAAGAUUGCUCUCCUUAGAGCCUGACCGUUUGUCCGGGGCUGUUCCACACACCACACGAAACCCCCGUGCACAUGAGGUCAACGGCAGGGAGUACAACUUUGUAUCACGACAGAGCUUUGAAUGUGACCUGGCUGCAGGGAAAUUCAUCGAGUCGGGCGAGUUUGAACAGAACCUGUACGGCACAAAUACGGAUUCAGUCAGACAGGUGGUCAACUCAGGAAAAAUCUGUUUGCAUCCCAGGUCCCUGCGACUGCUGUGUUCCUCAGAUCUUAAACCGUACAUCAUCUUCAUUGGACCUUCUCCUCCUCCUCAGGAUCGAUUCUCCACCCUGCUGCCCAGAGGAGUGAAGAAACACAUGCACGAUGAUGUGAGAGAGACCUUGGAGAAAGCACAUGAGAUGGAGCAAAGCUACGGUCAUAUGUUCGAUGCAGUCAUCACAAACAUCGAGCGGGACAAGAGUGUCUCUGAGCUGCUGAGACUCAUUGACAAACUGGACAUCGAGCCACAGUGGGUCCCUUCAGCCUGGGUCAGCUAUUAAACACUUUCAGUUCAGAAGAAAUUAUGUGUUAAAGGCGAAAAUCCAAGCGGUAUGUUUGAAAUAGCCACCAUACUGUUUUUGUUUGUAUGAAUAUUGUGUACAGUGUGCUUCCUAUUUGUGUCUGUCUACUUGUUAAAGAUAUAGUUCACCCUGAAAUUUGGAGUAAUGUAGCAUUGCAUCAUAUGCGCACUCCAAGUGAAUGGGUGCCGUCAGAAUGAGAGUCCAAACAGCUGAUAAAAACAUCA